AUGAUGGAAGCAAACAAGACACAAGUGACUGAGUUUAUUCUCACGGGACUUACAGAUAUUUCAGAACUCCGGCUUCCGCUUUUUCUGGUGUUCUUUGUCAUAUAUCUCACCACCAUGGUGGGCAAUCUUGGACUUAUUUUUCUCAUAUGGAAGGACUCCCAUCUCCACACCCCCAUGUACUUAUCUCUUGGUAGUUUAGCCUUUGCAGAUGCUUGUUCUUCAUCUUCUGUUACCCCCAAAAUGCUAGUGAAUUUUUUGUCUAAAACUCAUAUGAUAUCCCUCGCUGAGUGCAUCACCCAAUUUUAUUUUUUUGCUUCCAGUGCAAACACAGAAUGUUUCCUCCUGGUAGUAAUGGCUUAUGAUCGCUAUGUAGCUAUAUGUAAGCCAUUGAUUUAUCCAGUUAUUAUGUCUAAUAGCUUUUCUAUUCAUUUAUUGGGCAUUUCAUACAUUAUUGGAUUUCUUCAUCCCAUGUUGCAUGUGGGCUUGUUAUUCAGAUUAUCUUUCUGCAAAUCUAAUAUAAUACAUUAUUUCUACUGUGAAGUUUUACAACUGUUCAAGAUAUCCUGUACUGAUCCAGCACUUAAUAUGAUCUUGAUUUUUUUAUUUUCAGUCGUUAUUCAAUCUUUUACUUUUAUGACUAUCAUAAUUUCUUACUCCUGUGUCGUUUUUGCUAUAUUGAAACAAAAGUCUGGAAAGGGCAGAAGCAAAGCCUUCUCCACAUGCAGUGCUCAUCUGCUCUCUGUUACUUUGUUCUAUGGCACUCUCUUCUUCAUGUAUGUGCGACCUGGGUCUGGAUCAGCUGAAAAUAAGGAUAAAAUGUAUUCUUUGUUUUACACAGUCAUAAUCCCUUUCCUAAACCCUUUUAUAUACAGUUUGAGGAACAAAGAGGUUUUAGGGGCCGUGGGGAGAAUAAUAAAUAAACAGAUCUCUAGGAAAGGUCUUUAA